UUUAGCAAACUGCUCGAGCGAUAAUCCGGAAGGCGUUUUAGCGAAACGCGACUAGUAUUUUUUUGAAUUUCUCGGACAAUGUAAACCAAACAACUGAAGACAUUCGGACUGCAUUAUAGUCGGGACCAACUCGGCGGUGAUCUGAGUGUCUUCCAGGCAUAAUCCCCUCGAAAAGUUCCUCUUAGGUUCCCUUGUGGUAGAAAUAUUUCAAUAUGGAGUUGGGAGAGAAGCUAAAGGAGCUCAACAUGUCAGUGGAUGAAAUUCAGAGACUGACAAAGGCUUUUAAAGAUGAGAAAUUCAGAAAAAUGCUGCAUGAGUAUGCAGAGGAGAUAUCAGAUCCAGAAAAUAGGAGAAUUUAUGAAGAGGAGAUUGCCAUCCUGGAGCAGGAACGGGGAAACAGCAUUGAGUUCAUCCACCCCCAGCCAUUCAGGGCCCUGAAGACCAUUCUGAACCGCAAGCAGAAGUGUUACAUCAACAUCUGUGGCAAUGAAAAAGUGGGGAAGCCUGAAUGUAAGUGUGGGGUCUCCGAUGACGGUCGCAGGGGACAAUGCUGGUCACUUCCUCACAAUCUGUCCCAAGGGAGGCAAGACACAGAUCCAAAGGGAAACAAAAUCACCAUAUAUGAUGUUGUUUUCCAUCCAGACACCCUCCACAUAGCGAACAAAAAUUCUAAAUUUAUGGAAAUGGUUAGCAGUACAGCCGUUAAGGCGAUUCAGGAUGCCUUCAAGGUCACUUUGGAUGAAAACAACAUGAAGGAGAUGAAGACAAAGUAUAAAGGGAUGCCUCAUCCUUGUGUCAUUCGGAAACGCAUCCCUGGAUUCAAACCAACAGACCCUCAAGAUCACCCUCUCGCCUUUCCAUACCCAGAUGAAAAACCACCAAAAGAAAUCACCCCUGAUCCCAAACCUAGGAGCUACGUAAUCCAACCUGAGAAAAUCAAAAAGCACUCUGAGCCAAGCUAUACUGUGAAAUACAGAUCCUUCAUUGACCUGCAGGACUUCAGAUGCUCCAGAGACUCGGCAAAGAGCCCCAGGCCCAAAGAGAUUAUUGUCACUAUAGAUGUCCCGCUCCUGAAGUCGGUAGCGGACGUUAACCUGGAGGUGAAGGAGAAAAGCCUGCUGCUGGAAUCUGAGAGUCCUGCCUACAGACUGGAGCUACCUUUGUCCUACCCUGUGGACGAGGAGGAAGGAGAGGCCAAGUUUAGCAAACAGAAAGGACAACUUACUGUGACUCUGCCUGUCCUUCCUUCUCAUGAGGCGACAGAGUUCUUUGCUCAGCGUGCCGGUGAUCACGACAGGACAGAAGGAGAUAUGGAGGAGGAGAAUAAUCAGAUGGAAGGCAGGGAAAGUCAAAGUCAAGAUGGGGAAGUGAAGCUGAAAAAAGAAAAUGAGGAUCCUAUGAAAGAAGAAGAGAAGUUGAAAGAAGACGCCAUUGGAAAAAAAGUGGAGUUGAAAGAAAAAACAACAGUUCAAGAACAGAAAAAAAAUGAAGAAAAGAUGUAUGAAAAAGGAAGCCAUGAAGUGGAAGAGAACAUGCAGGAAACCCAACAACUGAUCAGUCACCAAGACCUACACAGGGAUCCUGUUAGGAACGAGGGUGCGCCACAGAAAAUAGACACUGAGAAUGAAAACCCAGCACGUGUCGAUCUGUUACAGACUUCACCUGAGAGGGAAAGCCCUGUAGUCACCUUUGAAACAUGUAGUGAUGUAGAAGAUGCAGCCGCGGACUCGUGUUCAGAGUCACCCGUCCCAAUUUAUGACAAUGGAAGUAAUAUGGGGGAGAACACGCAGGAACCCCAAGAACUGAUCAGUCACGAAAACAGAAGCAGAGAUUCUGUCAAAAACGAGGAUGUUCCACAGAAAAUGGACUCAGAGGAAGAAAACCCAGCAAGUCUUGAUCUGUUACAGACGUCAUCUGAGAAGCAAAGUCCAGUAGUCACAUUUGAAGCAUCAGGUGAUGUAGAAGAUGUAGCCGCGGACUCGUGUUCAGAGUCACCCGUCCCAAUUUAUGACAAUGGAAGUAAUAUGGGGGAGAACACGCAGGAACCCCAAGAACUGAUCAGUCACGAAAACAGAAGCAGAGAUUCUGUCAAAAACGAGGAUGUUCCACAGAAAAUGGACUCAGAGGAAGAAAACCCAGCAAGUCUUGAUCUGUUACAGACGUCAUCUGAGAAGCAAAGUCCAGUAGUCACAUUUGAAGCAUCAGGUGAUGUAGAAGAUGCAGCCGCGGACUCGUGUUCAGAGUCACCCGUCCCAAUUUAUGACAAUGGAAGUAAUAUGGGGGAGAACACGCAGGAACCCCAAGAACUGAUCAGUCACGAAAACAGAAGCAGAGAUUCUGUCAAAAACGAGGAUGUUCCACAGAAAAUGGACUCAGAGGAAGAAAACCCAGCAAGUCUUGAUCUGUUACAGACGUCAUCUGAGAAGCAAAGUCCAGUAGUCACAUUUGAAGCAUCAGGUGAUGUAGAAGAUGCAGCAGUGGACUCGUGUUCAGAGUCAGAGUCACCUGCUCAAGUGGUGGACGCAUCCAUGCAAGAAACUGCGAAAGAGAAGAUGGAAAUAGACUCAUGUCAGGACUCUGUCUUGGAAAACUACAUUGAUGAGUCAAACCGGACGCCUGCACAAGAGGAAGCUCCUUCUGUAGGAGGUUCAGCAAGUCACCCUGCAAAAGAGAGCACACUUCUCUCAGCAGAGGAUCUGGACAAAAUGGAGGAAAAGCCAAAGCCUGACAAAAAGCAACCUCUUGUGUUGUUGAGGGAAAUCAACAAAGAUGGAAAGGUGACAGUCGUCAGCGAUCACUCUACAUCCGCUGGAUUUGUCUUCCAUAACUCCCUGAUGUAUGAACUCGACUAAAAAUAGUUGAAAGUGCCUUCUGAUGAGAUCAAUAUUGCAAUUUAUUUGGUUUUUCAAUGUAAAUCCUCUCGAACCACGCACUCCAUCCAAUGUUUGUUUACAGUUUUUCUAAUAUUUUGUACCUCUCCAACUAAUUAGAAACUUAAUUCUAUGUUAUACAAUUGCAAGUUAUAACCAAAUACAGUAUAUUAUGUGUUUUUGUGCAAGUGUGCCUAAUAUUGGGAACAAUUGUAUGCAUUCAAAUCAUUUACAAUGAAGUCCUGUAAUA